AUGGACAAACAGAAAGUUCUGGCUAAGCUGAUCUGGGACCUGCAGUCCUUCCUGUCUGUUCUGGACUCGGAGAACCUGAGUUACAUCGCUCAGGCUCAGAAGAAAUCCAUCUCAGAGCUGCUGUCGAAACUGCAGCCUCACGACACGCCAGUGGAGGAUGCUGAGUACAUGAUCAUGAGCUGUCCAUCAUCGUCUCAUAGCAACGAGCUGGUGGACGCACCUGGGACAGGCGUCCGCACCUCUGAGCUGGUCUCAGAUCAGGACUCACCCGUCUGGCUGAGGAAUGGGAUGCAGGGCCCCGUGGUGCCUCCUCACCCUCCUGGAGGUCUGGGAGCUGAUGAAGAUGAAGACACGUAUGAGGAAGCUGAGCCUUACGUCGCCGCCGACACCACCGUGUCUAACACCGAGAAGUCCGACAGCAGUCACUACGAGUCGUACGGCGAAGACGAGGACGAGGACGACGAGGGGGAGGAGCUUGUGAAGGACAGGGCCCACUACAUCCAAUGGAGCGCCUCGCAGCCCUGCCUAAGGCCCGUCCCCGAGUCCCGCCUCUGUGGCUACCUGUGGAGGAGGAAGUGGCUCGGACAGUGGAGCAAACAGCUGUUCAUCAUCAGGAACGACGCGCUGCUGUGCUACAAGUGCGCCCGCGACCUGCUGCCUCAGAUGGAGUUGAACCUUCGCGGCUGUCAGCUCGUCUACAAGUCGAAGACCAACAGGAAGAUCCAGCACCAGCUCAAACUGGUGCCGCUGGGAUCCGAGUCACUGGUUCUGGGCUACAGCAGCUUCCAGCAGGCCGACGAGUGGAAGAAGGUGAUCGAGGAGCUGAGCGUCGGAGCCGAGCUGGAGACUCACAGCUUCUCUUCUCUGAAUCAGUCCGAGCAGCUGCUGUCCUGCAGGUCCAGCACAGUUCAGACCGACUCUGACGACGAGGAGAAACCUUCAGCUCGCUGCAACAAACACAAAGGCUUCCUGAACGUUCUGAUGAACUGUCAGUGGCAGAACCUGCUGUGUCAGGUGGAGGCCGGCCUGCUCAACAUGUUUGCAGAGGAGCAGCAGGAGGACGAGGAGGUGAAGAAGCAGCGGUCGCCUCAGUACACCGUCCAGCUCAGAGGCUGCGAGGUCCGAGCCGGGCCCGACACCGAGCACUCCUACAGGAUCACACUGAGCAUGCUCGGUGACCAGGUGGCCGUGCUGGAGGUGAGCAGCUCGGAGGAGAAGCAGCGAUGGGUGAAGCUGCUGCAGGACGGAGCGGCCAGUCACGGUCGCCACGACAACGGCACACAGGAGCCCACAGGUGGCGCUCUCAGAGGGCUUCAGACCCGCAGGUUUCCCACCUCCAACACCUACAUGGACGACCCGUUCCACCUGAGCGGAACCAGCCGGGACCAGCCCAUCUACUCCAACACCUCCAUCCUGGAGCACAUGCUUCACAGCUCUCAGGAUUCAGUUCGCUGCAGCUCAGUGUCGUCCAAAGGCUCAGUGCAAGCUGCUUCUGUGCUGCUUCGUGUUUCAGACAAGAAGGUGGCUGAAGUCCAGCGAGGCGUUCAGAAGCUGGAGCUCACCGGGAGGAGCACAGUGCAGCUGAGGGCGGGGUCAGAGAUCAACCUGGCGUCCGCCGGAAGGCAAAACAAACGCACCUCUUUUAGACAGUCGCUGGCCGUCUGCUCUGAGCGCGCUCAGGCGAGUUUUCUGAACCCUCUGCUGCGACGGACGGCCUCGGCUAAAAACUCUCUGAGACGAGCUCCUUCAGCGCUGUUCAUCGAAAACGGAAAGGUUUUCCAGAGGAGGAAGGAGUGGGAGACCAAAGCUGCCGCCUGACACCAGCUGUCCAAUCAAUCAAUCAAUCAAUC